CGGCGUAGUGCGGUGGUCUUUGUUUGGAUGGAGCGGCUACACGGUUUUACUACUAUAGAUAUCGGAUUUUAUACAAUUUUUACAGUGAUGGAAACGCAUAUCUUAAAGAAUUCAUAAGUGUUAAUUACUGGUAUCACUGAGUAAAAGUAGCUGUAGUUAUUUCAUACAAAAUUUAUCUCAAAUUUAAGAAAAAAAAAAUCCAAUGCUAUACAUUAUAUGGUAUAAUAGCUAAUAGCAUCUCGUGCUAGCAGGGUAAAUGCUGGAUCUUUCAACAAAACCUAACAGGGAAAGAGAAGUCCUGCUUUUUGCGGGACUGAACAGACCUGGCCAACCUGGACCACAUCAGACCUUGCUUAUAUUCGGACAGGAAGGACCCGUCCGCCCUGGACCAUAUAAAACCCUGUUGGUACUGGGACAAAAAGGACCUUGCUCAUACACCGUCUCAGUCAGAGGGACUGGACCCAGCCACUGAGGCCCGGUACCGGAGAGAGGGGGCUCGGUUCAUAUUUGAUGUGGGCACACGGCUUGGACUACACUAUGAAACACUGGCCACUGGAAUCGUUUACUUUCACCGCUUCUACAUGUUCCACUCAUUUAAGCAGUUCCCAAGAUAUGUGACAGGAGGAUGCUGCCUUUUCCUCGCAGGCAAAGUGGAAGAAACCCCAAAGAAAUGCAAAGACAUCAUCAAGACAGCACGGAGCCUGCUCAAUGACAUCCAGUUUGCUCAGUUUGGAGAUGAUCCAAAGGAGGAGGUGAUGGUGUUGGAGCGCAUCUUGCUGCAGACCAUCAAGUUCGACCUGCAGGUGGAGCAUCCAUAUCAGUUCCUGCUGCGUUAUGCCAAACAGCUCAAAGGUGACAAGAACAAGGUGCAGAAACUGGUCCAGAUGGCCUGGACGUUUGUGAAUGACAGCUUGUGCACCAUGGUGGCCCUGCAGUGGGAGCCUCAGAUCAUAGCAGUGGCAGUCAUGUAUCUGGCCGGGCGCCUCUGUAAGUUUGACAUCCAGGAGUGGACUUCCAAGCUGUCGUCCCGGCGCUGGUGGGAGCAGUUUGUCCAUGAUGUCCCUGUGGAGGUUCUGGAAGAUAUCUGUCACCAGAUCCUGGACUUGUAUUCUCAGGCCAAGCAGCCGAUGCCUGAUGGGAGUGCAGGGACUGGGGAGAACCUACCCCCACCUUCCAUCCCAUCUCCCUUAGCCCCCCCACCAGCCAAGAAGGUUUCUCCUCAGAGCAGCCCCAGACCCCCUAAACCGGCUCAGCCGUCUCCCAAAGAUGACAGUAAGGCCUCAAAGCUCCCAAAUCCAGAACUUCUUCCUCCUCCUCCUCCGCCCCCACCUCCUCCUCCACCAGUUACUGUAAAUCCAGACCAUAAACCCCCUCCCUCCUACCCACCAACACCAGAUCUUUCUUCCAAACCCACUCCCCCACCCUUACCCCACUGCCCCCCUCCACCACCGCCUCCUCCAAUGGACCUCCCCACCUCCAGCUCUCUGGUGUCCAGUGAAGGCUACCAGAAACUGCAGUCCAUGAUGACAACCGAGGGCUCCUGUUACACCGCCGUCCCUCCAGCCUGUGCCCCCCCACUGGGCUACCACCCCUACCCAUCAGGCACCACUACCUACCACACACCCCCACUGUCAGCCUACAGCUACCUGCUGGCACCUCCACCCCCCUCAGUCAUGGGGAUGGCCUCCAGUCUGGCUAGUGGGUACCCACCACCCUCCACCACCGGACACAACCAGCUGCCUCCCCCACUUCCACCCGGGAUGCCCCCUGUGGGUGGGAUGAAUCGGGGUACGUGGAUGAGAUGAGACAGGUGACCAGAGUGUUCCUACCUUGACUUGACUAUCAAUUUUCCAGGAUUUUAGAUCUGAAAAGUAUUCAUAAGCAGUGUUAUCAGAGACACGACAGAUGUCCAAUGAAUGUCUUCCUUUAUCUCUGAUAUUUGCACGACACAUUUUUAAGUGGACAGUGUUCACAUCAAUCUCCUGCUAAGAUAAUCUGUCAUUGUUCCAUUUCCUUUGCAGCAGGAGGUGGAAAGAACACUAGUUUGUUGUACAUUUAAUGUCUGACUUUUCAGUUGAGGAUAUUUAAUAAUUUACACAAAUAUGAUCUUUGAAAGCACAUAUUGUUUUUAUUUUUUUUUAGCUUCUUCAAGAGAGCACAGCACUGUUAAAGGCAGCUUUUUAUGUUCAGGACGUUGUGAAAUCAGCUGUUUCCAUUCAGUUCACAUAGAAGUGUGGAUCCUUUGUCAGUGUUAACAUCAGUUUAUGAUGUUAUUUGUUUUGUAUAAGGGAAGCCUUAUUGAAAACAUGUCCGUGCCAACCAGAAUGGGUUUGUAUGUCUAGUAUAAUGCUGCUUUUUAUUUAA